GCUGGAUGCACGCUGGCUACCCCAUCAUGGGCCACCUGGAUUCGGUGAAGGAGAUGGUGAAUGUGGAACACAUGCGAGCCACUGGCCUGUGGGGCCCCAUCCAUGAGCUGGGACACAACCAGCAGCGGGCAGGCUGGGAAUUCCCCCCUCACACUACUGAGGCCACCUGCAACCUGUGGUCUGUCUAUGUGCAUGAGAAGGUGCUGGGGAUCCCCAGAGACAGGGCCCACCAGGCUCUCCAGCCACAGUGUCGGAAGCAGAGGGUCACAGGUUAUCUGGAGAAAGGGGCUCAGCUGAAGGACUGGAGCAUGUGGACUGCGCUGGAGACGUACUUGCAGCUGCAGGAGGGCUUUGGCUGGGAACCCUUCAUCCUCCUGUUCUCUGACUACCAGAAAAUGUCCAACAUCCCCAAGGACAACCCCUCCAAGAUGAACCUGUGGGCUGAGAAAUUCUCUCGGCAGGUGAACAAGAAUCUGGCUCCUUUCUUUCUGGCCUGGGGCUGGCCUAUCAAGGAAGAAGUCUCCUUGGAACUGGCUUCUCUACCAAACUGGGAGGAGAACCCAAUGAAGCUAUACAGACCUGGGAAGAAAUAAAGUCUGGACACUUCGUCUCCAAAACUAAUCCAAUAGCCGCUUACCUUUCCUUUAAGCUGUACCAGAGUUUGCAUUGGUCUAGCAGGUAUACUUAGUGCUGCCUCAGCGCUGGGGGCUGGCCUAGAUCUCUCAAGGUCCCUUCCAGCCUGACGUUUC